ACCCAUUACAAAAAUAAUGUUUCGUCGCGUCAUACAAAAUUUUCCGUAAGAGAAAAAAGAUUAAAAAAAGAAAAAAAAGGGAAUAAGAAAUGAACGAUGUAAGUACAAAAGCGUAUUUUUAAAAAAAGAAAAAAAAACGCACACACACAAAAGGGUAAGAAAACAUCGAGGAAGAAGUUUAUUAUGAGGAUACGUAAGAAGAAGAAGAAGAAGGACGUCUCGACGGGUACCAGCCACGGCAAAUUAUGGUGGAAUGACGAGUUCGAAAACGACGAAGGGUUCGAAUACGAUGAGGUAACCGAAAGGCUUUUAACGUUGACGAUGACCAGGAGGAUACAUACAACUCGAACUAAGUUGCUGACCAUCGAUGGUGAUCGUCGUUCCAUCGAGACCGAUCAGGUUGACAAGAAAAAGUCGAAACUACCGAUGCGAGAUAGCCUCUUUGCUAACGUACCACCGUACAUCAUCUUCCACUUGUACGACAAGAACGGUGCGUCAUUACCUGAAGAAAUUACGAGACACCUGCUAUGGUGGCAUACCAAGAACUUCUCGCCGCGAAUGAUACGUUUGACGGUUCUCAAAUCGGGAUUUACCAUGACCGAUAAGUCGAUGGCCGAUUGGUCUGGUACUUGGUGCAACAACUUAACUUAUUUACGUACAGCUAAUAAACUUAAAAGAUAUCAAAAGAUCAAUCAUUUUACAAAUUGUCGAGAAUUAACUAAUAAGAUUAAUUUGUGGAAUAAUUUUAAUAGGAUGGCCAAGAAAUAUGGUAAAAAAUCUUACGAUUAUAUGCCACAAUCUUAUAUAUUACCUAAAGAUAAUAACAAACUUAAAAGAUUUAUGGAUAGGAAAAGUGCUUGUACUACGUGGAUCCUAAAACCAGGAGAUUGUUGUGCCGGUCACGGUAUUCGUUUGGUUUCCCGUUAUUACGAGAUACCGAAAAGAUCUUCCUACCUGGCUCAACGUUACCUUUGCAAUCCUAGCUUGAUAGACGGUUACAAGUACGAUUUACGUUUGUACGUACUCUUAACGUCCAUUGAUCCUCUUCGAAUGUUCCUUUACACCGAAGGUCUGGUUAGGGUUGCCACCGUUAAAUAUCAGAAUAAAAUCGAUAAUCUUUACGAUCGUUUCAUGCACCUUACCAAUACCUCGAUCAACAAACUUAAUCCUACAUUUCGUGGAAAUGACGAUCCUAAUAAACAACAGGGUAACAUUUGGUCAUUGACCGCUUUAUGGGAUUAUCUUCGUUUGAAAGAACGAGCCGAUAUUAAUCUAAUUUGGGAGAAGAUUAAAUGUAUCGUUAUUAAAAGUAUUAUUUCAGCUGAACAUUCUUUAAUAACCGGUACGAAAAAAUUUAAUAAUCUAUCUAAUUAUAAUAAUUGUCAACUGUUCGGUUUUGAUAUAUUACUCGAUGUACAUUUGGAACCAUGGUUGUUGGAAAUAAACGAUUGUCCCUCGAUGGAAACUGAAACAACAUUGUGCGGGAUUGUUAAAGGACAACUUGUUUGUGAUUUUUUAAAUCUUAUUGGUUUUCACGUGCCGGAUAUUUUAACGGCUAACGAUUUGAACAAUAUCAAAGAUAUUUCCAAUGAAACUUUAUCAUGUUACAAUCGUUAUAUUUACGAUAACGCAUUGUCCGAUAUUGGGAAAACGAAAAAACAUUUGUUCGAAGAUGACAAUAACGAUCGUUCUAACUAUUUAAACGUAAUUUUAAAAAUGCUCACGCCCGACGACGUGAAAGUAUUGAUAAGACACGAAGAUGAACUCUCGCAGACCGGCAAAUUCGAAAAAAUUUUCCCCACGUGUAACACGUACGAGUACUUCAAGUACUUCGACAACGUAAGCUACUACAACAUGCUUCUUGAUGCGUGGGAACACACGUACGGUAAUGAUAGGCUUCAAGGUAUCGACAGGUUGAGAAAAUUGUGCGAGAAGAAAUAUCACUUGAUCCAAGGCUCGUUAAAAAAUAUUCAAGAAUUAAUGAAUACUUGA